UUUGUCAAACUUGUCAAAUUUCUUUUCUAAGCCGAUAACCAAUCAUGGCGGUCGGGAAAAAUAAGGGUCUUUCCAAAGGAGGCAAAAAAGGAGUUAAAAAGAAGGUAGUCGAUCCAUUCACUCGUAAAGAUUGGUACGAUGUUAAGGCCCCAUCGAUGUUUGCCACCAGGCAAGUGGGCAAGACCCUGGUCAAUCGUACUCAGGGUACCAAAAUCGCCUCUGAGGGACUAAAGGGCCGUGUUUUUGAAGUAAGUUUAGCCGAUUUGCAAAACGACAAUGAUGCUGAAAGGUCCUUCAGGAAGUUCAGGCUUAUUGCUGAAGAUGUUCAAGGUCGUUAUGUCCUUACCAAUUUCCACGGUAUGGAUUUGACAACUGACAAGUUGAGAUCUAUGGUCAAAAAAUGGCAGUCCCUCAUUGAAGCUUCUGCUGACGUAAAAACAUCUGACGGAUACUUGUUGAGGGUGUUCUGCAUUGGUUUUACCCAAAAAGAUUCACAAUUUUCGCAAAGGAAAACAUGCUAUGCCCAGCAUACACAAAUCAGACAAAUCAGGAAAAAAAUGGUUGACAUCAUCACUAGGGACAUCCAAGGGUCUGACUUGAAAGAAGUUGUAAACAAAUUGCUUCCUGACAGUAUUGCCAAGGAUAUUGAAAAGGCCUGCCAAGGCAUCUACCCUCUUCAUGAUGUAUAUAUCCGUAAAGUAAAGGUCCUCAAAAAGCCACGUUACGAACUCUCCAAACUUUUGGAACUCCAUGGUGAUUCCAAGGGAUCAGGCGAAGGCUCCGGUGACCCCGGUGCUAAAGUUGACAGACCUGAGGGCUAUGAACCACCAGUACAGGAGUCUGUUUGAGAACUUUUUUUUAAUGUUAAUAAAUAGAUACUUAUUGUAUUUAUUUAAAUUUGU